AUGAACCGUUCCCAUUACCUUCUCACACGGAGCCGGUCAAACCAACUUGCAAAAUUAGAAUAUAUUUUAUUUCCUCACGCUGUUCCCGUCAGCCCCGAUGACGAUGACGAUACCAUUUACAGAAUAUCAAAGCUGCAGGAAAUGGUGAAACAAAUACCCAAAGAUGCCAUAGAAUAUGGAAGCCCCCUGGUUUUCUCACAACAAAAAGAGGGCAAAAAGAAGAUAGUAAAAAAUCACAAAACUGUUUUGCAAAUCUCUCGACGAUUGGCACAAUCAACAUUACCAAAGCGGGUACAAAUCAAACCCUGCUGGGCGAAGGAACAGGAAUCUGUUAAUGAAGCAGAUGAGUUGCUCGAUAAUUGCCUUUCUAUAAGCGACGCAGAAGAGAGGCGGAUAAUCCAGGCCAUAUAUCGAUUUCUCGUUGGAAUCAAUGUUACAGAUGUAUUUUAUGACGAAUGGGACUACGAAACGGGCUUUAGGCUGGGCUUGAAAAGUUGGGGAUCGCGAGGAAUAGCGGCAGUAAGGGUUGUUCGAGACUUCUUCUUAGACAAACUAGGUCAAAUUGAAGGUUCCUCGUCGUAUCUGCGAGAGUGGGAACUUGGAAUAGAUUUAGACGGCGGAAGACCUAAACCCGUGUUACCUUCACGCAUAAUACUGCUCCACGAGUUUCCAGACAGCAUCAUAUCCUGGAUCGAUGGAUAUUACUUCCAAGACCCCAAACAUUUCCACGACAAACUCCAAGAAGUACAAAAGUCUGCAAGCGAAUCACUGGGCUAUCUCAUCAACUUCGAAAGUUGGGGCGCAGAAAGUCUAUUCUUCGCUGAUACAUACGUGCAGCACUCUGAAGAAGAGGAUGACUUUAGAUACCACCAACAGUGGUCUCGUGGUGAACCACGGAAUAGAAAUGGACUCCCACACCACCGUUCAUUUGCAAGGAGUGGCUAUCGCGCUUUUGAUGAAGAUGUAUAUGCCUCACGUUAUGAGCGGCUAAGGAAUGGUUUGAGGCACCCGCAUGGACAUACCCCACUUUUCGACCCAGAGACGUCUAUCUGGGACUUCGAUACUUUAGGUGAGCUAGGGUAUUGCUUUUGCAAUUGGCGACUAUCGAGAUCUGAACGGUACCAGUUGUUGUAUGACGAAGAGAACCCCGAGAACAUGUUUGAAGCGCUCGGAGCCGGCUGUAUAAUGGUUUGUGAACCAUAUGAAACCGAUAUUCACGCAGAUGAACACUUUCUAUACACAGAUCAUGAUGACUGGGAUACAUUCAGACGGAUUACCAGAUAUAAAGCGAAUUCGAGGUGGAAGAGCAGGGAAAUGCGUAGGGGAGAGGGUUUAAUUGCAAAACAUAGCGCCCGCUUUAGGUCACACCGGCAAGCGAAACGGAGAUCCAUUGUAGAAGCCGAGCUUGAUUAA